GCUGGGGACUUCAUUGGAUUAAUCUCAGAUCUGUUACUCACCAAUUACACACUGCUGAUGACAUGCAAUAUGGUAGUUUUAAGUAGAAGUUGGCUCAUUUGGCAGUAAGAGGUCGAACCAUGUACAUGGGGCGUAUACUUGUUGUGUGUUUACUGGGAUACACAGUUCUCGUUGAGGCCGCAAAGUGCAAGGCAGCACCCAAAUCUGUCCAGAAUGUAAACAUUUGCUGCUCAGCCCCCAUGCCCAAUUGGGGAGUGUACAAUCGAGAAUGUGCCGCUUCAGGAUCGCAGGCUAGUGUAAGUGGCAGGAUAGUUUAUCUUCCCACCAAAAUAUACCUUACCUAUACCUUGCUUCAGUGUCGCCUAUCCUGCAUUUUCAAUGUGAGCUCAGCUCUGAAAGGAACCUCACUGAUCCAAGCCAAAAUUCGACCCAUGUUGGAACGAGCCUUCACCAGCGAUGUAACCAUUGACAUAUACGAGACGAACUUGGCCAAAUGCUCGGCGGUGGUCAAGAGCAAGUACCCGGAGUUGGGCCAACUAAGUCGACAGAGCAAUGCCUGCGAUAGACACGCCCUCUUCUACAGCCUCUGCGCCUACGCUCGAUUAAUAUUCACCUGCCCAGAAAAAAUGUGGCAGCGCAGUAAUCGAAUGUGCCAGGAGGCUAGAUCGUAUGCCAAAAACUGCCCCUGGCCAGCACUUAAAAUGUUCAUGAAAAACACCUAGAUAAAUACCUACCUAGUUUUCACAA